UUAAACACGGGUGAAAUGAAAAAAUAACCAUUGACAACUCUAGAAUGGGCUUAUAUUGGAAACAAUUUUUUUUUAAUACAAAUGACUUAUAAUAGGAAUCAAAAUGAUGUAUACAUGUAAAAUUGGACCCAUAAACUCGAGUCUUGGGGUAUUGAAUUAAGAUGCCGUGUCAUUCCAUUGUUCAUGAUUUGGUUAUUCUAUUCCACAUUUUUUUGGUCCCAUGCCUCUCAAACCAACCACUCCCUUGAUUUUUCUUAUUGGUUAUAAACUAAUUUUAAAUUAUGUACUAGGAAUCAUAGAAUGCGAGAGAACAAAAAAGAAAAGAAAAAACUGAUCGAGAACAUAAAUAGCGUUACGUAGGAAUAGAAGAAAAGUUAAAAAAAAAAAAAAUCAAAUGUUCAGAACUAUGCACAGAAUUAUAAAAAGGUUAUGGGAACGCGGGUGUGUUUAAGAGAGAGAAAGAGACGCGAAUAAACAAACCACCAUCUAAUAUGAUAAUCUUUGCAGCAGGUGAACAAAAAGAUUGAAAAUUGAACACUUUUACCAAGUCUUAAUUAUAAGUUGUUUCCUCGUAGGGAAUCAAUGAAAUAGUCCAAGUGAGGUCUUAAUUAAACUGUUAAUGAACGUCUCCAGCCAUGUGCUAAACAUAAUAUCAAUAAUUGAUAUGGUAAUGUGGAUAUAUUUUUUUACAUUAAAGUGGUAACUAAAACAGAAUACUAAUUCAACAAUGAUGGCUGCUCCCUUGAGCUAUAAAUAGACGACGACAACAAAUGGAUUUGGUCACAAGAAACACACAAUUUAGAGAAAGGAUUUGAGAAAAGAUGGUAAAAGGUUCAGUAUUUAUCUCUCUCAUUGCCCUCUUGGCUUUGACUUGCUCCCUUGCUUCUGCCUAUGACCCCAGCCCUCUGCAAGAUUUUUGUGUGGGUGUCAAUGAUACCAAGCUUGGAGUAUUUGUGAACGGGAGAUUCUGCAAAGAUCCCAAGCUUGUGAAUGCAGAAGAUUUCUUUUUCCACAUAAUGCCAGGGAACACAAACAAUCCAUUGGGCUCCCAGGUGACUCAAGUGUCUGUAAAUGAAUUCCCAGGACUCAACACUCUUGGUAUCUCCCUUGCUCGUAUUGAUUAUGCACCCUAUGGUUUGAAUCCUCCUCACACUCACCCUCGUGCCACUGAGGUGUUGACUGUUCUUGAGGGAACUCUUAUGGUUGGAUUUGUGGCUUCCAAUCAAAACAACAACCGUUUCUUUACCAAAAUCCUCAACAAAGGAGAAGUGUUUAUAUUUCCCUUUGGUAUGAUUCACUUUCAAAUCAACAUCGGCCAUUACAAUGCUGUGGCACUUUCUAGUCUAAGUAGCCAAAAUCCAGGAGUUAUUACCAUUGCUAACGCUGUGUUUGGAUCCAAUCCUCCCAUCAAUCCUGAUGUUCUCGCUAAAGCCUUCCAGGUUGACAAGAAGAUAAUUGCCUAUCUUCAAAAGCAGCAAUGGUACGACAAUAACUAAACAUGCUAGCUAUCUUGUAAGAAUAAAUGCGAUGCAUGCAACUUUGUGUUGUAACCUCAAUCAUAUGAUCUGUUGUGUUCUCUUUUACCUCGUACCUUGUUCUCUCUUCCAAUUUCAUUUGGCUUCUUGCAAAAGCUGUAAUGUUCACCUCAAUAUAUAAUACUAUUUACAGCUCUAUAAAGCCAAACGUCUUAUUUGUUA